GCAAUCUCCAGCUAUUAAAAGCUGAAGUAAUACCACUUCUUGCGAGAGGCCAUUCUCUGAAUAAGUAGUUGUUGAGCUCUAACGACCAUAUUCAAUUCAAUUCUCAUCAUCUCAGCUGCUAUUCCAUAUGCAUCAUUUCACAAUGGAAAACCACAGAAUUAUCAAUCAUGACGAGGAGAAGGGGUUGCACCGGUCUGACACCACUGUGACCAUGCCUCCCGAACUCUUCGAGAAACUCUAUCUCACUCCGAAGGUUCCUCAUGUGGGAGAUUACAACAGGCGUUUCGCCAAUCCAACACCGCUCGGUAUUGUUGGCUUCGUUAUCUCGACUUUCACCUUCGCGAUGACAUUGAUGGGAUGGGCAGGUGCUGAAGGGGCAACGCCGGUAGCGGGCAUUUUCUUCUUCGUCGGCCCCGUCUUGCUAAUCUUCGCCAUGGUCUUUGAGUGGAUCAUGGGAAACUUCUUCCCUAUGAUGGCUAUGGGUCUAUACGCCGUGUUUUGGCUGUCGUUCGGCUUAUUACAGUUACCCACUCUGCAGCUAGGCGCGCCGUAUGCUACGCUUAGCGACCCUACCGGUCAGAUGUCCCCUGAGUAUAACUCUGUAAUUGGAUUAUAUCUUAUCGUGUGGGGUUUUGCUCUAUUUACUUUCUUCGUUUUCACCCUUAAGGUUAAUACCGUGUUUGCUCUGAUCUUCGCCUGCGCUACCUCAGCGGUGUGGAUCUUGUCGAGUGCCUAUUUCAAACUCGCGGCUGGAAACUUCGAAGCGGCAGUCAGUCUACAAAAGGCUGGUGGUGCUCUGUUAUUCGUUGUGGCAGCCCUGGGGUGGUAUAUGUGUGUCAUCAUUAUGGCAGGAGAAAUGCGUAUCACACUGAAUCUUCCGCUUGGUGACCUGAGUCGAUUUUGGCCGGCGACAGACGUGGACUUAGCCGCCGUGGCUGCGCACCGCGACUAAAAUGCGAAGGUCGAGAGAGCAGGGGUAAGCAGAUAUGGCAGGCAAUUUACUUGUACUCUAAGUGAUGGUUCCUAGCUCAAUCCGUGUAUCGAUACUUGCAGAUAGAACAGUUGCAUAUGUACGAGGUAGUCUAUAUAAGUACCUUUCAAGUUUCUCUCAAC